GGGUGCAAGCCGGCAAGAUGGCGGCGGCUGGAGCGGGCCGUCUGAGGCGGGCGGCGUCCGCGCUGCUGCUCCGGAGCCCGCGCCUGCCCGCCCGGGAGCUGUCGGCUCCAGCCCGGCUCUACCACAAGAAGGUUGUGGAUCAUUAUGAGAAUCCCAGGAAUGUGGGGUCCCUCGACAAGACAUCUAAAAAUGUUGGAACCGGAUUGGUGGGUGCUCCGGCAUGUGGUGACGUCAUGAAGUUGCAGAUCCAGGUGGACGAAAAGGGGAAGAUUGUGGAUGCCAGAUUUAAAACAUUUGGCUGUGGCUCUGCCAUUGCCUCCAGCUCCUUAGCCACGGAAUGGGUGAAGGGGAAAACGGUGGAAGAAGCCUUGACCAUCAAAAACACAGACAUCGCCAAAGAGCUCUGCCUUCCACCCGUGAAACUGCACUGCUCCAUGCUGGCAGAAGAUGCCAUCAAGGCUGCCCUGGCUGAUUACAAACUGAAACAAGAGUCUAAGACGGAAGAGCCAGAGAAGCAGUGAACCCUUAAGAAGCUCCAGCUGGUCACAGCAGCCACUUCCUGCCUCCCUAGCACAUCCAAGAAGCUAUGAGAAACGCACACUAUUUGCCAUUUGCACUGUGGCUCUGAUGCAAGCAAAACACCAUUGAUUCCACCUAAUCCCACGUUCCUUUCAGCUUGCUUGUGUCCGUAGUGCAAUUAAUGUCUUGAUUUAUUUUGUGGCCUGGGACUGAAAUCAGCACCGAAGUCUUAAGCUUUGGAGAGUGACAGCGAGUUGUCCCUAACCUGUGGGAAAGAAUGCCAGCAGAAUGCCUUGUUCUGGUUAUUUGAUAGAAUUUAUUACUGUAUAUUUAACAGAUCUGCAUAUAUAUUAAUAAUAAGAGAAUGUAAGACGA